AUGGCUCCUGCGGCAAUGUCAAUGCUAUCCAAAGAAAAGAAAAAAAUUGAUGCAAUGAUAAUCAAUGUCAUUUCACCGAAUUCACAUUGCUUUGAGCUCCUGGCACAAGCUGUAGCCUUGAACAUCAUCGUAGUCAUUGUUGUCUAUGAUGAACUCAAUGAAUUCUUAGUGAAGAAAGCUUUGGACAAUGGAGCUUACAUUUGCUCGAAGAAGCCACUUGUCGAGCAAACUGUGACAUUCUUGUGGCAAACACAAAGAGAUCAUAUCAAUGUUGGAGAUGAAGAACGAGAUCGAGAGAAGAAUAUGCUUAUUAAUACCGAGGAACAAAGCAAUAAUAACAAUGUUGUAUCAAAUGGAAAACAUAAGUUGAGGAGGAAGAGAGGCCGAAAAAGCACAAAAGAGAUUAAUGAAGGAAAUAAGACUAUUAUGCAUAAGGACUGCUUAAAAUGGACUGAUGAUCUUCGUGUCAAAUUCACAGAAGUUGUGGAACAACUUGGUGACGGAAGAUGUUUUCCGUCAGAUAUCCGCGAAAUGAUGAAUAUGCCAGGUCUUACCAUUAAGCAAAUUUCAAGUCGUCUUCAGAAAUGUCGUAGCAAAGAUGAGAAACUUCAAGAAGAGAGAGAAUAUAUUUGUCUCGAAUCCUCAAGUGGUUCUCAACAAAGAAGUAGCUAUGACACAUCAUUAGAAAGAACAAAAAGAAGGAACUCUGAAAAAUCUGGAAAAAUGCCUCGUCUUCAAACAAAUGUUCCAAAUCAAACCCAAAGAGUCCCAGAGUUUCCACCAGUUUAUACCAAUAACAUUUUUGCUAUUGAAGGAAGUGAUCCAAAUGAGUGGCAAUAUUGGGAUGCAUUUGUCAAUUAUAAUUCUAUGGAUGAUAUAUAUCAGCUUCCAAAAUUCUACAUCUCCAAGUGCUACCCUACCUAA